UCGUAAAGAAAAAACAAGAGAGAGAGAAGGGGCGAAGAAGAUAAGCUCGAACUCCAGAGCCUCGCCCUCCCAAAUUCACCUUCACCGCCUCCUCUCCGUCCCUCGCCAAACGCCGCCGUUUCGCGCCGAGCAUCGGACUCCUCUCCCCUUCGCACGAAGCUCCCUAAAAUCCCCGACUUUCCAAAUCAAGAACCCGCAGCAUUGAAAACCCUCUCGCCUCUUCUUGCUUCUUCUCCUCCGUCGUCUCCUUCAGUCGUCGAUUCCCGAGGUCGCCGCCGCCGCCGCCCCGGAAGAGCCCCGGGAAGAGGAAGGGGGACGCGUGUUGGGAGCUGGAGGUUGACAUGGCGGUGUCCGACGCGGUGGUGGGGAACCUGACGACGAUCUACGUGGCGGUGAUCGCGGCGAUCAAGGCGUACGGGCUGGUGUCCGGCCGCAGCUUCGGCGGGGGGCUCGUGCUGGUGCUCUCCACGGCGGUGGUGGGGCUCAUCCUCGUCGCCACGCUCACGUGGGACGUGUCCCAGAAGGCCGCCCACGCCAUCGCCCGGGACGACGACCGCGCCCACGAGGUGUCCUGCAAGGGCGGCAUCUGCUGGCACGGCGUCGCCGUCAAGUCCCCGGCCUCCCAGGUCCGGUUCCACCUCCCCCCGCAGCAGCCGCCGCAGCCGCCGCACCACGGCGCCGCCGCCCUGUGAAUACGACAUCGAUUUCCACUUUUUCGAGCCCAUUUUCUUCCUUAUUUUUUUUUUUUUGUGUUUAGUUUACUGACUUUUGGCGAGAGAUGUGAGGUUACGGUGUCCUCUGUAAGAUGCGCGGUCUCUGUCUACUGUUGCUUGGUCUUCGUCGUGGUUCGUCGUUCGUCGAGUUUUGGUUUUUUCUCCUUGUCGAAAAAUCAAUAUGGGUGUUCUCCUUUUUUUCCUUUGUAAAAACAUCGAGGGAAAGCGCAUUGUAUACUUCUGUACGAUAAAUAAAGAAGGCAAUACGAGUGGAAUUUUACGUG